AACUGAAUACCAAUAUAUAUUUUCCAAAUUCCAGCUUUAUCUGUAAACUGUAACUACUAACUAAUAACUAUUACAAAUUAUCGAUCUUCAGUUAUUGAACUCUAAGUCUGAAUCCAAAUAAAAUCGGUUUCAAAUAAAUAAUUUUUUAAGUAUUCAAGUUAAAAGAUAAAAGCGUUUUAAAUUUUAAUUUCCAGUCUGAUAAUAUAAAAACCAAGUUUCAACUAGACGUAUUAUUUUUUCUUAUUUAUUAUUGUGCUGCCGUUAACAAUUCAAUCAUGUCUCAGGAAACUGUUCAGAUCCUCAUUGACAUGGGUUUCCAGAAAGAAAAAGCCGAAAAGAGUAUUUUAAUGACAGGAAAUCAAGGUGUUGAACCUGCUAUGGAAUGGUUAUUGGCACACAAUGACGAUGGAAUGGGACCAUCAACUUCUCAAGAAGGUUCUGCUUUAAACAUUAAGUCAGAAACAAAUACCUCAUCUUCAUCAGUAGCUAAAUCGUACAAAUGUGAAGAUUGUAACAAAUUAUUUACUGAUACUACUGCAUUAGAAUACCAUGCUAUGAAAUCUGGUCAUAGCAAUUUUGCAGAAUCUACAGAAGAAAAGAAACCAUUAACUGAAGAUGAAAAAAAAGAACAAAUGAAAAAAUUGGAAGAACGCUUAAAGGAAAAGCGUAAGGAACGUGAAGCUAGAGAAAAAGAAGAAGAAUUAGAAAGAGAAAAAAUUCGAAUUCGCUCUGGCAAAGAAAUGGCUGCUGCUAAAAAAAAACUUGAAGAUGAAAACAUUAAAAAAAUUAUGGAUGAAAGAAAACGUGAAAAACAAGAAGAAAAAAUUGCUCGUGAUCGUGUAAAAGCUCAAAUAGAAGCAGAUAAAUUAGCUAGAAAAAAAUUGUAUGGUCAAGUUUCGACGGAAGAACAACCAAAACAAGUUUUACCAGUAGCUGUAAGACCUCAAAAACAAACAAAAUAUUAUACAGAAACAAAAUUACAGAUUCGUCUUACAAAUGGUCAAACAAUUGUCCAAACGUUUAAUGUUAAAGAAAUUAUGGCUGCUGUAAGAGUUUAUAUUGAACUAAAUCGUUCUGAUGGUGAUGCUCCUUUUUGUCUCAUGACUAGCUUUCCAAGAAAAGUAUUUACUAAUGACGACUAUGAAAAACCUCUUGAUGUAUUAGGUUUGGUACCAAGCGCUGUUUUAAUCUUAACUAAACCACAACAAUAAAAUUAAUAAUUAUUUUUGUAAUAUCUAUCUUUUAAAAUUUUUAUAAUAAAUCGAGUUUUUUUUUUAG